GGAAAGCACAAUAGAAUGGUUGGGAGAUUAAUUGAUAUCGAUGUUGAUAUUUUUACAUGGUAUGAUGCUUGCACAUUUUGUGGACUUGAUAUACAACAUGUUAGUGAGCAUAUCAUUUGUAGUAAUUGUAACAAAGAAAAGCCUCCAACAACUAUUAGUGUUUCUGGAUAUAUGACUAUACUCUACUCUACCGGUACAAUGCGUGUCAAGCUCUUUACAAAACAGAUUGAGUUUAUACUCCAUUCAACUAAAGCAAAAUUGAAGCAUAUGUUUGAUGCGGUGCAUGAUAGAGUUUUGCUACGAUCCGAGCUUCUUACACGUGUGCGCAAUGCAUAUAUUUUCGUAUUUCAUCCUCUUCAUCUAUCGGCUUAUAUAGUAGACUAUGUAACUUAUAUCUACUGAGCAGAAGAAUGUGCAUAUUU